CCUUCUUGAAAAUUUUCUCCACCAAGCCACUUUUGCCUCUGCAAUUAAUAUUUGUAAAAAAGCUUAAAUUGCUGCAAUUUUGGUUAAAAUAAAUUGGAAAAACUAACCGAAAACCCGAAAUAUCAAUUUAAUUCUGUAAGAAGCUAAAACAAAAUGCAGAAAAAGCCAAACGAUUCAAAACCCGAAGAGUACGACCUUCUCAUUGAGGCUAAUAUGGCCAAUAUUGGUAUUCCCGAGGAAGAUGAUUUCGACGAGGAUGGUACGUUUGACGAGGAAAUUCUUGAGGAAAUUCUCGAGGACGAAGAGGAUUGGUUCAUCAACCAAGAGGCUGUCUUUAACGAAGAAGAAUCUAUCGGGGAAAUGUCCCAGGAGGAUAGUUACAAUUACAACGAUGACGACAACGUCCAGCCGCGUGGUUUUGUGGAUCCGGAAGACUCAGUCGAUCCAUUGAUCCUGUCGGACUGUGGCUCUGAAACCUGUUUAGUUUGCCGCCCUCAUCAAUAA